UCCCAUCGAUUUCUCACUCUCAUUGGGAUUCCAUGAAUGCAGCAGCAGAAUGAGAUCUCUUGCCUUGGUGUUGUUCCUUUUUCUCGGCUCCCAAACAGCAUUUUCCUGGAAAAAGGAGGAGUUUCGCACCUGCAACCAGACCCCUUUCUGCAAACGCGCUAGAUCCCGCACUCCCGGCGCGUGCCCUCUCAUUGCUGGCGAUGUCUCCAUAUCCAACGGUGACCUUGUAGCCAAGCUCCUCCCGAAAACCCAUUCUCAAGGAGAUGCGGAUCAGAUCAAGCCGUUGAUUCUCUCUCUUUCGGUUUAUCGGGAUGGGAUCGUGCGGCUAACGAUCGAUGAAGAUCACUCCCUGGACCCGCCGAAGAAGCGGUUCCGAGUUCCCGACGUGAUAGUCUCCGGAUUCGAGGAGAAGAAGGUUUGGUUGCAGGGCGCAACGACGGAGACGAUUGCAGGAGACAAUAGUCCGUCUUCUGUGGUCUACGUAUCGGACGGCUACGAGGCAGUGCUGCGGCAUGAUCCCUUUGAAAUCUUCGUCCGCGAGAAAUCGGGCGAUCGACGCCGAGUUUUGUCUCUGAACUCCCAUGGAUUAUUCGAUUUUGAGCAAUUGAGUAGGAAAAGUGAUGGCGAGAACUGGGAAGAGAGUUUUAGGAGCCAUACUGAUUCGAGACCGUAUGGCCCUCAAUCCAUUAGCUUCGAUGUUUCGUUCUACGAUUCCAAUUUUGUUUAUGGAAUUCCUGAACGCGCCACAAGCUUCGCUCUAAAACCGACUAGGGGUCCUGGAGUUGAGGAAUCUGAGCCUUACAGGCUCUUCAAUCUAGAUGUCUUUGAGUACCUCCAUGAAUCACCAUUUGGGCUAUAUGGGUCAAUCCCUUUCAUGGUUUCACAUGGGAAAUCUGGUAAAAGUUCCGGUUUUUUCUGGUUGAAUGCUGCUGAGAUGCAGAUUGACGUUUUGUCAGAUGGGUGGGAUGCGGAAAGUGGAAUUUCCUUGCCAUCUAGCCAGAGUAGGAUCGACACUUUUUGGAUGAGCGAGGCAGGGAUCGUAGAUACGUUCUUUUUCAUCGGGCCAGAGCCAAAAGAUGUAGUGAAACAGUAUGCACGUGUGACGGGUACUUCGGCUAUGCCACAGUUGUUUGCAACAGGCUAUCACCAAUGCAGGUGGAAUUACAAAGACGAGGAGGAUGUGGAGCAAGUGGACUCGAAAUUCGAUGAACAUGAUAUCCCUUACGACGUUCUAUGGCUUGAUAUUGAGCAUACCGAUGGGAAGAGAUACUUUACAUGGGAUAAAGUCUUGUUCCCUCAUCCAGAGGAGAUGCAGAAGAAAUUAUCUGCCAAGGGCAGGCGGAUGGUGACUAUUGUGGAUCCUCAUAUCAAGAGGGAUGAUUCGUAUUUCCUACAUAAGGAGACUACUCAGAAGGGGUAUUAUGUUAAGGACUCGUCGGGGAAAGACUUUGAUGGUUGGUGCUGGCCUGGUUCAUCGUCGUACAUUGAUAUGCUGAGUCCGGAGAUUAGGACAUGGUGGGGUGGCAGGUUUUCGUGCGAGAAUUAUGUUGGUUCCACUCCGUCAUUGUACAUCUGGAAUGACAUGAAUGAACCUUCUGUGUUCAAUGGUCCAGAGGUUACUAUGCCUAGAGAUGCAUUACAUGUUGGGGGCGUGGAACAUAGAGAAGUUCAUAAUGCUUACGGGUAUUACUUUCACAUGGCGACUUCAGACGGGCUUGUCAUGCGUGGAGAAGGAAAGGACAGGCCUUUUGUAUUGUCGAGAGCUGUCUUUCCCGGAACUCAAAGAUACGGAGCUGUCUGGACUGGAGAUAACACGGCGGAGUGGGAACACUUGCGUGUAUCUGUUCCAAUGAUUUUGACACUCGGUCUUACCGGAAUAACAUUCUCGGGUGCUGAUGUUGGUGGAUUUUUUGGCAACCCUGAAACAGAAUUACUGGUUAGGUGGUACCAGUUGGGAGCUUACUAUCCAUUUUUCAGGGGUCAUGCCCAUCACGAUACCAAACGACGAGAGCCUUGGUUAUUCGGGGAGCGCAAUACCGAACUCAUGAGAGAUGCCAUACAUGUUCGGUACAUGCUUCUUCCGUAUUUCUACACUCUGUUCAGAGAAGCAAAUGUUACCGGUGUUCCCGUUGUACGGCCACUGUGGAUGGAAUUCCCACAUGAUGAAGCUACCUUUAGCAACGAUGAAGCUUUCAUGGUCGGUAAUGGUCUAUUGAUCCAAGGAAUUUACAGUAAGGGAGCUAAACAAGCAUCGGUGUACUUGCCCGGGAAAGAAUCAUGGUAUGAAAUGAGAAGCGGGAAGAUAUAUGCAGGAAGCAAGACACAUAAGGUCGAGGUUUCGGAAGAGAGCAUUCCAGCUUUCCAAAGGGCCGGAACUAUCAUCCCCCGGAAAGAUCGAUUCAGGAGAAGCUCUUCUCAGAUGGACAAUGAUCCUUAUACUUUGGUUGUGGCCUUGAACAGUUCUCAAGCCGCAGAGGGUGAACUCUACAUCGAUGAUGGGAAAAGCUUCGAAUUCAAGCAAGAGUCCUAUAUCCACCGCAAGUUCGUAUUCUCAAACGGGCGGCUCACGUCCUCGAACCUCGCUCCACGAGCUCGGUUCUCUUCCGGUUGCAUGGUGGAGAGGAUUAUUCUGAUGGGUCAUGCCUCUGGACCGAAAUCUGCUCUGGUUGAACCAUCAAACCAGAAGACGGACGUUGAGAUGGGACCGCUCAGGCUGGGCGGGGCUGCGGGAUCGGGUUCCGCCUUGACGAUCCGCAACCCGGGAGUCCGAGUGGACGAGGACUGGUCGAUUAAGAUUCUGUGAGUUGGUCUGAACCACUCGCCGGUGGUUACUGGCCGUUAACUUUCAAGUCUUUUUAGCCGUAAGAACUAGCAGUUUCCUUCCGAGUCAUCAUUUGAGAGUAGAGAUUACGAUAUUCAACACGACAUUAUACAUUGGCUUUUUAUCA